AUGGAGGAGCUUUACUACAGCUUCGAGGAGGGAGGCCCCACUGCGGAAUCUCUCCUCUGGGAGCCACCAGAUCCUGACGCACAGCUGGAGAACUUUCUCCUGGAGUGCCUGGCAGAGCCCUCAUGGGCAGGGCCGGCUGGUGCUGAUCUGGACAAGCUCCCAGCCCCGCCGGAGCCCACCGGGCAGCCACGGCAGCGCCGCGCCGCCAACCUGCGGGAGCGCCGGCGCAUGCUGGGCCUCAAUGCGGCCUUCGAGGCCCUGCGCGGCCAUGUGCCCACCUUCCCCUAUGAGAGGCGCCUGUCCAAGAUUGACACGCUGCGCCUGGCCACCGCCUAUAUCGCCCUGCUCGGGGACAUCCUCCUGUCCGGCUGCCACCCCCGGGCCUACGUGGAGCAGUGCCUGAGGAGCGGCGCCGCGGGCCCGCAGCGGGCGGCCUGGAACACCAGUGAUCUGACAGCCCGUCUGUCCUGGGUAAAGUGGGAUUAA